AUGGCUGAGCAAUCGCGGGGCAAGAUCCCCAUUCUGCUGCUCAAGACAAAAUCAAUACCCAAGGAUACGUAUGAGGAGCUUUUCCUUACCCUCGACGACGGCCGUUAUGCACCCGUCUUCGUGCCCGUUUUGGAGCACAGGUUCAAGCGAGACGCCCUGCAUGAUGUGCGCCAACAUGUCACCAACCGCGGCUUCGUGCCAAAGUCGCAGCAGGACCUCGGGACAUAUGGUGCGCUGAUAUUCACCUCGCAACGCGCAGUCGAAGCCUUCAGUGAGGUUGUCGAGGAAAUCCGCAAGGAGGGGUCCCUCGACAUUGACGAUCUGCUUCCACAGAGCCUGCCGUUGUAUGUAGUAGGUCCAGCUACAGCCCGCGGUCUGCGAUCGCUGCAUCUCAAGUGUCCGAUCUUGGGUGAGGAGACUGGCAAUGGCGAGGCCUUGGCUGGCUUCAUCUUGAAGCACUACAACGCCCUCCAUCCAGAUGUCAUGAAUCCACCUAUACUCUUCAUGGUGGGCGAUAAAAGGAGGGAUAUAAUACCAAAGACUCUCCAGUCAGAAGAGCUGGAUCCAAAGCAGAGGGCGAAAGUAGAUGAGGUUGUUAUAUACGAGACUGGGGAGAUGCAGUCUUUCAUGGACGACUUCUCCACCAUCUGGCGGAGAAAUGCCGAUCAAGGCUCGACACGGCAGUGGGUCGUGGUGUUCUCUCCCAGCGGUUGUCAAGCAAUGCUUGAGAGCCUGGGGCUUCUGGAUACGGAGACUGGAAAAGCCAAAGCUAGGUCGAUGAUGGCAGGAACACGCUCUUCCGCACGCAAGACCGACAACAACUCCAGUCCUGCAAAAGGCAAUGAUGUAGCAGCUGGCACCAAGCGCAAGCCAGAAGUUGAGCCGUCACCCAAGCGCGGUCGCAAAGCGUCGAAGAAGCAGGCGACUAUCGAGGAGACAAUGGACGCAAGCAAGUUGUCAGAUAGCGACACGAAAGACGCUUCCGACGACGCCGAGGACACACAGCAAGAAGAGCAAUCGGAAGAACAGGCCCAAGCGGCAGCUGCUGAAGACCUUGUCGACGCAAGUGACGCGAAAGCAUUGGCCACUGGUGACGAGAAGCCUUCGACGACUGAAGAAAACACUGAAGAGGACACUGAAGCAGCACCCAAGGCCGACGAGAUCACAAACGGAGGGACCACACAAGAGGAUACCCCAGAGCAAGAUGACAGCGCUUCCAAGGAGCCCACCGCAGACGGCGAAGGCGCAAUCGAGUCGUCCUCCCAGCGCGCCAAGCAAAUGCCAUCCAACAUCCUCGAAAAGGGUGUCAUUUACUUCUUCACCCGUAACCGCGUCGGCAUCGAAGAAUCAGAAAGCGUUGGUGACCUCCAACGCACCUUCUUCGUCCUACGCCCCAUGCCUUCUGGAGCCAAACUAGGUGACGGUGCACUAGCCGACUCUAACAACAUACGGCUCUUUGCGCUCCCCAAGAAGGUCUUUCCCAAGUCACACAACGACCGCUUUAUGGCGUUUGUCGAGAAGGCGAACACGUCCAUCAAGGAACUGAAGGAGACUUUCUUCGGCGCAGACGAGUUUAUCGACGAAUUCCGUGGAUUGGCAUGGGUCGAGGUCAAGCCCAAGUACCUGGACUACGAGUACUGCCAGAUUCUGCUUAUCGGCGAGAAGAUGGAGGCGGGUGUUGAGCCGACGACGAAGGACCAGAAGCAUGACAAGGAGACCCCGCAAGAGGAGAUUGAGAAGUUGGAACAUGAGGAUGAGCUAAGAGUUGAGCAUCUCCAUGGUGAUGACUCCGUCUAUGAUGAUCUCAAGAUUAGCAAGAAGGAAUAUCCUCAGGUUGCUACUACUUGGUGA